UUCAAAAUGGCGGAUCUUCAAACAAAUCUAACUCAAUACAGAGCACAACUUGAUCAGGUUGAAGCGGCAUUGACUUCAGAACCAGAUAAUGAAGAACUUCAUAAACUGAAGAAAGAUUUAGAGGAAGUUAUUAACCUUACUUUGGAUCUACUUAAAGUGAAUGAGAAAGGAGCCGGGAAAAGUGCUGAAAGUACAUGGAAGGUUGGUGACAAAUGUGAAGCAGUUUGGAGCCGAGAUGGAAAUUACGAAGUACAGAAGGCAGUACCAACAGAAGGAAAGAUCUUUUUAGACUUUUUCGUUCUCGCACGCUUUACAUCUCACUUGUAUCAUACGCCAUAUUGGAAUUUGUCACUUUAUUUUAUUUAUUUAUUACAGACGACUUCACUCCGAGGGUCAACAGGUGUAUCCAUAGGUCAGAAAAGAUCGUUURCUGAUACUACAGAGUCUGCAGCGUCAUCAUCAGGAACAAGCAAAAAAAUAUCAAGGAAAGAAAAAGAUCAAAUAAGAGAACAGAAAAGAAAAAAGAUGGCCAAAAAGCAACAAAGAAUGAAGGAACUUGGUGAACAGAGGGAACAAGAAAAAAAUAGAUGGCUAGACUUUUUUAAUAACUCGAAGAGUGGUGGAAGUUCUAAGAAGGGUUCUAAUUUAAAAGGAGUGUCAAAGAAAAGUAUAUUUGCUUCUCCAGAAACUCUCACUGGUAGAGUUGGUGUUGGGACAUGUGGAAUCGGCGAUAAACCUAUGACGAACUUUACAAAACAGGACAAAGUUGUGUACAAAAAAUAGAUAUUUCACUUGUAAUGUAUUCAACGAAUACUAUUCCCGGUUCCAGUCCUCAAAACUGCUGAACUAUUUUGAGGAAUGGCUGCUUGCCUAUCCAAGCUCUACWGUAUAAAUGGGGAUKUUCUCUCGAAAAAACUGUUUUAUAACCUGGGUUUUUWGAGCUGCGUCAUGGAUUCAUAAACCACUCAGUCUCAUGCUGAAAAUGUGUCAAGCUGUUUUACUCCUAUAUUGUUAAACUCACUCUUUAUUUUGUAAGCAGUUUUUUUUUUCUACUUUACGACGAAUGCUUGUCUACGAACGCUUCUUAUUGAGACAAUCGUCGCAUUAAMAGUAAUUUUACCAAUGGGCUGCCUGAGCAACGUUUUGUUACAAAGGAAGCCCAAUUCAUUGAAUGAGCUACGUAUGACUGUAAGCGUAAUGACCGAAUGCAUGCAUUCCGUAAAUUAUUCUUGGAAAUCUGAGAAAAAGAGCAGUACAAGCAAAMYAUGUCAGUACCAWUUUCUUGUUUCACGCUUUACCGUACACAGCAUAACGUCGAGAAGAUGCUCCGUUUGUGCUUUAUUUGUCGUUGGCGUAGCGACUAAGGCCYCGUUUAUAUGGCUCUACACCUAGGGGCACCCUAUCUCAUGUAAACAAGKCCUAAAUGCGGACGUAAYAAAUAUCGCUCUGUAGCUUA